CGCAAUUCGUGUAGCAAGCAAACAAUCGAAACCUUGGAACGAAACGAGAAUGAAUUAGCACAGGGAUCAGGUCGCUUUGGUUACCUCGACAUUUUUGUUCUGGAAGGAACUGGGGGUAAUGAUAUUAAUUUGGAAUUGGAAUUAAAAUACACUUCAUUUGUUGGUUUGGUGAGGGAUACUACUGGAAAUCAGAUAAAGAUUGGUGCAAAUGAGUUGUAA